UCAAUGGAAAACCCUAGACCGACUCCUUUCGCACUACGCCAUAUAAAGCUCCAGAGAAACAACGGCCGUUGCCGAAACCCGUGGUCGCAUCGCCUCGCUGCUCGAGUUCUUCCAAGAUGUCGAAGCGAGGGCGCGGAGGAACGGCGGGUAACAAGUUCCGGAUGUCGCUGGGUCUGCCGGUGGCGGCGACGGUGAACUGUGCGGACAACACGGGGGCGAAGAAUCUCUACAUCAUUUCCGUCAAGGGGAUCAAGGGACGCCUCAACCGCCUGCCCUCGGCCUGCGUCGGGGACAUGGUCAUGGCCACCGUCAAGAAGGGCAAGCCCGACCUCCGGAAGAAGGUCAUGCCCGCCGUCAUCGUCCGCCAGCGCAAGCCGUGGCGCCGAAAGGAUGGCGUCUACAUGUACUUUGAAGAUAAUGCUGGAGUGAUUGUUAACCCGAAGGGAGAAAUGAAAGGAUCUGCUAUUACUGGACCCAUCGGGAAGGAAUGUGCCGACUUGUGGCCAAGGAUUGCUAGUGCAGCAAAUGCGAUCGUGUAGGGUCAUGGUUCUUGGGGUCAAGAGCUGAGGUUUUGGUUUAUGUUUAUUUGUUUCAAGAAAUAGUAUGUAUCAGUGUUGUUUGAGUUGGUUACCCUGGUUAGUGAUGUUUACUAGAGUUCUUCAUCUUAUGGAUUUGAUGUUCUGCUGUUGGUCACAUUUUAAUUUUAAACGGUCUCUUUCUAUUAUUUCAA